UGGCACGCUCCGCUACGUCACUCACCAGGGCGGUGCGAGGCUUCCGGUCCCGGCUCCGCUGUUGCCGCGGUGGUCUGGCAUCUGAAGCGCUGUGUGGUGGCCCUCUGGCUUCUGACCUGUGUUCGAAGAGUCCAUUUCUCGCGGCUCAGCGCCGGCGCGGAGAUUGGAACAUCUCUGCGGAGGUCGUGCCAGGGCUGGAGGAGGAAAGCCCGAGUGACCCGCGCUCCACCGUAGACGCGUAAGCUCCUGGGGCUAGCUUAGUGCUCUUGACAAGUGCUGCACAAGGAUCCUUUGCUGCUUGCUGCACUGAAUGCUGUUAAUGGAAUGUAGGCCUCCACUGGCAGUUUGCGCUAGCAACAUUGAAGCUUCCCCUGCCUUUUGAUUGAGAAGGCGGCCCCUGGGUGGGGCGAAGCUUCCUGUUUUUAUCCUGGGUCCCUGUCCUGGUGUUGGCCACUGGCUGCAGGAUGAACUGUCGCUCCGAGGUGCUGGAGGUGUCGGUGGAGGGACGGCAGGUGGAGGAGGCCAUGUUGGCUGUGCUGCACACGGUGCUCCUGCACCGCAGCACAGGCAAGUUCCACUACAAGAAGGAAGGCACCUACUCCAUCGGUACUGUGGGCACCCAGGAUGUUGACUGUGACUUCAUUGAUUUCACCUAUGUGCGCGUCUCCUCUGAGGAACUGGACCGUGCCCUGCGAAAGGUUGUUGGGGAGUUCAAGGAUGCACUGCGAAACUCGGGUGGUGAUGGGUUGGGGCAGAUGUCCUUGGAGUUCUAUCAGAAGAAGAAAUCUCGGUGGCCUUUCUCAGAUGAGUGCAUCCCGUGGGAAGUGUGGACAGUCAAGGUGCAUGUGGUGGCCCUGGCCACGGAGCAGGAGCGGCAGAUUUGCCGGGAGAAGGUGGGUGAGAAGCUCUGUGAGAAGAUCAUCAACAUUGUGGAGGUGAUGAACAGGCAUGAAUACCUGCCCAAGAUGCCCACGCAGUCGGAGGUGGACAACGUGUUUGACACAGGCUUGCGGGACGUGCAGCCCUACCUUUAUAAGAUCUCCUUUCAGAUCACUGAUGCCCUGGGUACCUCAGUAACCACCACCAUGCGUAGGCUUAUCAAAGACACCCUUGCCCUCUAGGCCUUCCUGGAGUUGUGGAAGCUCCUUUAUGGCUUCCAGGGACUGUACUGUCAGGCCUUUGGGAGUCUGAGCCUGCUCUUGGUUCUCGGUGAGACUUGGAAAGGGUGACCCUUGGCUUCUUUGUUUUGUGGUUGCCAGCCCCUCGUCAUCCCUGAACCUUUGCCGACAGUUGGGUUCUGCUGACAGUCUCUCCACUCCCUUGGAGAGAAUCCCCUUUCAUUCUCCACUGUACAGAAGAACCACCACGAAGGUGGUAAUAAAGUUGAGACAUGAGUUUGGGUUCAUCUGUCUCUCCUUUGCCUUUGCCCUGCCCUAAGACUUCCUGGUGUUCCUUCAGGGACAUGGCUGUGGGUAGGAACGUGACU